AUAUUGUCAAAUUCUUAUUAUAAUUAUAUAUAAUAAUUAACACCAAAAAAGAUGCAUAUGUAAUUAAUAUCUUUUUUGGAAGAUGUUCGGAAGAAACGACGCGGUUAACGUGCGAGGUCGAUCGAACAAUUCGACCGGAAGAUGUUUCCUGGGACGAGGAGAGAGUCCCAAGCUUAAAGACCCUCGCCCUUCGUGUCAUAGCCUCCGUAUGGAAGAAAAAUCCGAUACUGGAGGAAUUACCAACCUGUGAGGAUAGAAAUAUGCUGAUGGAAAUUCUGCCUACCGAUUUACCGUUCGAGUUGACUAUAAGGAAAAUCGACAAUGAACACUAUUGGGAACGUUGCUCGAGAGCUAGGUGAAAAACGUAAUCGAAAGCAUUGAAAACACUUCGUAAAAAUUUCUUUAUAUUAUCGUGUAGUACAAAGUUGGAAUGAAAAGUAUAGAGUAUAAGAAUAGAAAAUGUAGAGAAAAUUGGAACGAGUAACAGAGAAAAUUAAGUGGUAAGGAAAAUAAGGAAACUUGAAAUCCCAGGAAAUCAAGAAAUUAGAAAAACAGAAAAUUUAAAAAAUUCGCAAUCCAUAAAAGAGGCCGUCAAAAAAAAGUUUAUUCGCGUCCUCAUAAAAGCAUACAACACGGAAGCAAUCUCAUAAAUGGAUGUUUAAUUUACCGACCAUAAGUAGUUUUAGCUUACUACCGGCGGUAGUAUAUGUACUUUAUAUAGUAUCAUUCCAUUAAUUUCUCUUGGCCGUUUUUCAACGAGCAUUCUCUUGAAACAGUUCGCCCACUUUCCAGCACGAGAACUAUCGAAUUUUCAUAAAGAAAGUCGUUUUUGGUUUACAUAAAGCGUGACCCCAAAUUCAAAUGCGAGAAUGCGGGAGAGACUAGAAUUAUUUCAGAUGGGGGCACAACGAUUGCGCUGAACAUGGCAAUUCCUGGCGGCGACGUUACUGCGAAGGUGCUUUCCGUGAAUAUUUGGAGAAUCUCGAGCCAAGUUUCUUCGAAUCCCAAAAGGAAGAUUGUGAAAAGAUGAUCGAUCUUGUGCGUGAUUAUGUACACACAAUAGAGCUACGUUCUUUACUGCCAACAAAGAAGGAUAAGAUAUCUCUAAACGAAGAAGAUUCGUGUCUAGCAGAGGAAGUAUUCGUCCAUCACAUCCCGUUGGAGCUUAUUCUGCCACAAUUCCCUCAUCUUACUGAGCUUCGCAUUAAUUUCGGGUUGGUUUACAUGAACGAUGGUUUCGAGUGGCGAGACUUCGAGAUAUCCAUUGAAGAUUGCUUUGGUCUUGGUCGUGGGAUUAAAGCUUGCCCGAAAUUGAAGAAAUUUACUUUGACUAGAAGCAAUUUGGAUCAACCACGUGCAGCAGCUCUUCUUCAAGGUGUGCUGGAGAGUGAUAGUAUAGAAGAAUUAGACUUUUCUCAUUGUAAACUGGCAGAUAAAGGAGCAAAAGCAGUUGGUGAAUACCUCUCGCACAGGAACUUGAAAAUACUGCAUUUAGCGAACAAUGAUAUAGGACCGGAAGGAGUGGCUGGUAUAAUCUAUGGGCUGCUAAAGGCGGAGCACACAACACUACAGCAUUUGAAUUUGAGGCUAAAUCCUUUGCUAGACAACGGGAUGUUUCAUGUGUGUGCCUAUCUGUUAAGAAGCGAAAGUUUGGAAGUUCUCGACGUGAGUGCUUGCGGAAUAGAGGCUGCUGGAGGUGCAGCACUUGCCGAAGUAUUGACUUCCGGUUCCAUAAAGCUCAAAAGUUUGAAUCUUAAUUUGUCGAACAAUGAUUUUAACGAAAUAAUUGGGAAUUCAUUUGAAGCAGCGUUGAGAAACGUUCCAUUUGUAGUGGGAUUCGAAGCUCGAAUGUGCAAUUUCUCCAGACAAUCAGAAUACUCUAUCCACGAGAGUGUACUCAGGUAAGGAAAAGCAAUGUAUUUCGGCGAAUGAUAUUUCACAGGCUUUCCUUACUUUUCAGAAAUAAACAGAGGAAAAGAAAAGAAGAAACGAAGCGGAUGCUUGAGAAAUCACAGAAAAUCUCCAUUGAUUCCUUCGUUUCAGAAUAAAUUACCAGCAAAACAUACUGAACAUAAAUCAUAUGAUGGAAUCAAUAAAAUAAAGAUACGAAUGACAAAAUUUUUAUUGAAUUCCAUUAUUCAGAUUUCAUAGUUUAAAAAUUAACAAAAAGAAUGAAUACAAAACAAAUAUAUAAAAGGAAUAAGACAUUCUUCCAAUUUGAAUUUAAAAAGAAUAUUUCAGAAAAGAACAAGGAAGCGUAAACCUACAUAAAAGAGAGAAAAUAUAAAAAGAACAGAAUAAAAGGUUCGUGACCUUACAUAAAAAAUAUAAAAUCAAAAAAAGAAAGAAUUCAAAGUUCUAUUUUACACUUCUAUCCUCAAGAUUCUGUGUUCUGUGGCGUUAUUAUUCACAGAAAUAUUAAACUCGGAACUAAUUACUUAAAAGCAAUUAAGGGAAGCACAGGAAUCUUAAUGUUGGCGAAGUAAUUACCAUUUUUGCAUAAUAUUCGACGAUAAUGUUUGCAUUGCAUCCGGAUUUUCGGUUGUAGCUGGAGGAAGCACGGCAAGAAUAACCAUCGUGACGGAGAAGGGCUAACGAAAGAGUUGGCAACAAAAGAACAGCGGAACGAGCGUGUAGCUACUUGGAGGAAGUUAUGCGAGAGCCGUGAACACGGUAAAUUGCGGCGAAAGUAGGCCAGAGCUAAGACUUUUUCCAUUAUUAAGACGAACGGAUGCAGGAAAAAACAGAAGGUCCAGUUUCGUUCGUGUAAUCCUAGGGAUAUUUCUCCGCAUCGUUCUAUUUCUGAAGGAAGCAGAUUUAACUCCGUUGCCACUCUUUAAUUUUUAUAUUUCAAUCUUAUUCCCAUUUUAGCAGACAAAAAGUUUAUCUUAGAGAAAUGUUUAAUAUAGCGAGCAUAUUCAUGUAAUAGAAUAUAUAGUAAGCUGUUGAUACAAAAUUUUAGAAUAAAUUUAGAAUAAAUUUAAUUAAAAUUCCACCUAAAAAAUAUUUCUAAUUAAAUUAAAAAACCAAAGAUCCAUAUUAGAUGCAUAACGUCACAAUAUUUAAAAUGACUACCUGCUUUGUACGAAGAUGUUUCCCAUGAAAUCUUACACGAUAUCUCUUCGAACGAUCGAGCCCAUAAAGUUUUAUCGACUCUCUGGAGGUUAGGUUUUAUAGUUUCCUCGGAAUCAUACCUACAUAUGUUCGCCAAAAACCGUUGCAUCCUAUAGAAAGCAAUCAUCCAUUACGAGAUUCCAACGCCAGAAAUCGAUUUUCGUUUUUUAAUAUGACAUUUAUAAUGAAAGUUCCCGUACUUCCGACAGUUUAAUCGGUUUGAUAAAAUAGCGAAUAUAAUGCAGAGCGUAAUCUCUCGAUUGAUGUUAUAUAAAUUGAAUAGAAACACUAUGAAAAAAAAAAUAAAAAAUUCCUUUAGCAGUAUCAUUAAUAUAACAUUAAAAGAUACACACUCCAAAAUAAGGGUUAAUAUUUUAAUAAAAUACUAUAAAUAAUAAUUAAACAAUUAAUAUAAAUAAUAGUGUUAAACAUAAAUGUAACUAUGUAAAUAUGUCCUGAAUGAUUAAUUUACACAAUACGCGAAAGGUGUUUGUGGCCGACCUAUAUUUGCAUUCGAGAAAGUAAAUUAUGGAGGUACACUUCAAUUACAUGGAACAUUGUCACUGAAUUCUAUUCGCCCAGAAAAUUACGUCGGACUUCACCUCAUUAGAAUUUCAGUCGACACGUGAACUCCAAUUGGAGUGGUUAAUCCAAUUGAGAUUGAAAUAUAAUAUAAUAUAAACGUCGUCAAAGAUACAAAGAAACGAACUGAACGAACUGAAUUGAGAAGAGACUUAGUGAGCCCUAGAAGUUGUAGUUGGAUUCUUCAUUGAAGUACCACUCAACUUAUAGUUCUCGUUAACCUGUACUUACGGCGCCGUUCUUAUUUUUA